AUGUGGUUGAUAGGUGUGAACAAAGCUCUACUACUAAUGAAAAUGCAUUAUUUCCUUUACUCGGGAUGUAUAGCGACGAUCCUCAGUUUCGGUUCGACUUACGCCAAACAAUUGGGAUAUUCGAAAAUCACUGUAGGAUACAUAAUGAUGAGCCUUUUCGUCAUAUCAAUGUUAGCGAAACCGGUAGUCGGCGCCAUCGUCGAUAAGUUCCCCGUAAAGAAAUACAUGUUUUUGGUGUUCAUAUUUACGACCGGUAUCUCUGCGUUCUCUCUGAUGUUUGUGUCCAGACUGUCUUUAGAGACGUCCGUAGAGCUGGAUUGUGACGUCAACAUAACGACCGUUAAAAUAUAUUUCGACCACACCAAUAAACUUUCGGACUGCGAUCAAAAAAUACUAAUGGACGGAAACAACGCAGAUAGGUUGGUGAAUUGCAAGUUGUACUGUAAUAACAAUGAAAUAUUGCUUUCUGAAAUGUUCUCAACAUCGAAAAAUGGACUAAACACUAGUGAUGUAGCAAGUUUGGAAAGUAAAACAACCGAUUUGCCAAUAUUAAUACAUUUGCACAACUCCAACAAUGAACGGUAUGGUGCCUAUAAUUUUCGAGUUCAGUAUGUCGAUAUAAAUGUCAGUCGAAUAAUGUCUCCAGUUUGUCAUCGUCCGACAAAAACGCCCUGUCAACUGUCCUGUCCCAGUCCGAUGAUCAUGGAAUUGGCAGCGACGCCAAAAUCUCAAAUAACGAUCGUUUCCAUGCCCGAAUUUUGGGAAUUUUUCUCAUUGUUGUGUAUAUUUUGGAUCAGCCAAUCGGGUAUAUGGGCCAUACAAGAUCCGAUUUGUUUCGAUCUCCUAGAAGACAAACCCAACGACUUUGGAAAGCAAAGGUGCUGGACGUCCAUCGGAUGGGGAUCCGUUACGAUGCUCAGUGGUUGGCUCGUGGACUAUUUCAGCUACGACAAAGUGCAAAAAGACUACACGCCAAUAUCGUAUUUGAUAUUGUCGUUUAUGAUUUUGAAUUUAUUCGUCGCUUCCAACAUCCCAGUGGUCGAGUUCAAACUGUCACAGAACACGUUCCAAAACGUUUUUAAAUUGUUCGGAAAACUUCACGUUAUAAGUUUUUUUGUUUGGAUCCUGUCGCUGGGCGUUUAUAGCUCGAUGACGAUGAGUUACCUCUUUUGGUAA